AAAACGAGUCUUUAGUACAGCUAAUUGUUAUGAUUUUGAAAUUAAUUCGAAGAUGACAGCGGCUAUGGCCGAAGAAUAUUGGUAUAAUAAACAAUUAUACUUGAGUGUGAUUGUUAGAAAUUAGUCUGUAAGUUUUUCAAUUAAUAAACGAAUUUGAUUUAAUAUUGUAUUUCUUUCAAAUACCGAUUUUGGGUAUAAAUAUACCGAUUUUAGCUGGAACCUCUACCGAUCUCGCUCUAUGACGUUCGAGAACAAUGCCUUUACGAAAAAUCUACCAAAAAAAAAGUUUCUGUCAUUCUGUGUUGACCUAAAAUAACGAACGAAAAUAAAAAUCUAUUUUAAGUCACAAAUGCGAAAUGAACACUCGAGACUUUACCAGAAAUUUUAGCACGUGUAGUAUAUAAUUGCAACCGUGAACCAUAAGUCAGUAGUAGUGUUUUAUUCAAUCGACGUUACAAAUAUUAAUCAACAUGGGUGUUUCUCAAGAAGAAGCAGAAAAUUAUAAAAACAAGGGCAAUGAAGCUUUCAAGUCGGGGAAAUAUGAAGAGGCGAUAUCAUUUUACACUAAAGCUAUCAGUAUUGCCGAAAAAGAUAGUCGAGAUUUAGCUACAUACCUAAAAAACCGAGCUGCUGCCUUUUUGAAAACAAAUGAUCAUGAUAGGGUUAUUAAAGAUUGUGAUAGGGCUCUAGAAAUUGUGCCUGAAGAUCCAAAAGCAUUGUUCCGUCGUUCACAAGCGUUAGAGAGUUUGGGAAGAUUUGAAGAAGCAUAUAGGGAUGCUAAAACAAUAUUUACUGUUGAUCCUACGAAUAAAGCUGUGCAACCAGUGCUGUCAAGAUUACAUGCAAUUGUUCAAGAACGUGCUCGAAAAAAUGCGCAAACUAGUAAUAAAGUGGAACAAAUGUUUAAAUUGGUUUUUGACAUUAAUGAAGACAUAGAUAAACGUGAGAAAGCAAUGGGUAACCUACUUGUACUCGCUAAAGAAAAUGUAGGUGCUGAUAUUAUGUUAAAAAAUGGUGUUGUUCAUAAAAUACAACAGUUACUAAAAAUUGAAAAGAAGUCUGAGAUUUAUAUUAAUGCCAUACGUGUUAUCAGUCAAUUAUGUAAGAGAAGUAUUGAAAGGACCAGGAAUAUAAUUAAAAUUCUUGGAAUACCUUGGUUUUUGGAAAUCAUUGAUAGUGAUAAUGAGGAAAGGGUGAAUUCUGCACAGUAUUGCUUGCAGGUUGUUUUAAAUACUUUUUCCGGAAUGGACAACAAGAAAGAUAGCAAACCUGAUCCAAAAUUAUGUGAAGAAAACAAAAGUGAAAUAGAUGUGCUCCUGACAUGCCUAACAUAUUCUAUUACAAAUGCAGUCAUCACUGGCCUUGCUAGAGAUGCUAUUAUGGAAUUAAUAAUGAGAAACUGUCACUAUAGUGCAAUUAACUGGGCUGAGAGAUUUGUUGAGAUCAAAGGACUGCAGCGUCUAUUAGCUGUGUGUAGUGAAUUGGAAGAAUAUAAAUAUGAAUCGGCUAUGAAUAUUACCCCAUCAUCAAGAACUGUUGCUGCUGCAUGCCUUGCAAGAGUUUAUGAGAAUAUGUACUAUGAUGAAGCAAGAGAAAAAUUUAACAGUCAAGUAGAUGAAUAUGUGAAGGAUAAACUUAUGUCACCUGACCUUGAAUCAAAAGUCAGAGUUACUGUGGCAAUAACUUCUUUACUACGUGGUCCAUUGGAUGUUGGAAAUUAUGUUAUUUCCAAAGAAGGUAUUCUAGAAAUGAUUUUAGUUAUGGCUCAAACAGAUGAUCCUUUACAGCAAAAAGUUGCUUGUGAGUGUUUAGUAGCUGCUGCAUCUAAAAAGGAUAAGGCCAGAUCUAUAAUAGAUAAAGGGGUUGAUAUACUCAAAAAGUUGUAUACUUGUAAGAAUGAUGCAGUUAGAGUAAGAGCAUUAGUGGGACUCUGCAAGAUAGGCAGUUUUGGUGGUGAUGAUGCUUCAGUUCGACCAUUUGCUGAUGGAUCAACAAAAAAGUUAGCAGAUGCUUGUAGAAAGUUUUUGGUAAAUCCAACUAAAGAAAAUGAUAUCAGAAAAUGGGCUGCAGAAGGUCUUUCAUAUUUGACUUUAGAUGCUGAUGUUAAGGAAAAACUGGUGGAAGACAGAGCAGCUAUUCAAUCACUCAUUGAGUUGGCUAAAACUGGUGAUCAGUCAUGUCUUUAUGGUGUUGUUACAACAUUGGUCAACUUAUGCAAUGCAUAUGAAAAACAAGAAGUUUUACCAGAAAUGUUGGAACUGGCCAAGUUUGCUAAACAUCAUGUUCCCGAACAACAUGAGUUGGAUGAUCCAGAUUUUAUCAACAAAAGAAUUACUGUAUUAGCUAAAGCUGGUGUUACAACAGGUCUAGUAGCUUUAUCUAAAACCGAGAGCCACAAUUCUAGAGAACUAAUUGCAAGAGUUUUUAAUGCAAUCUGUAAUUUGCCUGAAUUGAGAGGUAUUGUUGUACAGCAAGGUGGUGCCAAAGUACUUAUACCAAUGUCAUUAGAAGGUACAAAAAGUGGCAAAAAACAAGCUGCACAAGCCCUAGCCAGAAUUGGAAUCACUAUCAAUCCAGAAGUGGCAUUUCCUGGCCAAAGGAAUUUAGAAGUUGUUAGACCUUUGCUAUCUUUAUUACAUCCAGAAUGCUCAGCACUGGAGAACUUCGAGGCUCUAAUGGCACUUUGUAAUUUGGCUGGCAUGAAUGAAACUACGAGGACCAGAAUUCUAAAAGAAGGUGGUUUAGCAAAGAUUGAACAUUAUCUGUUUGAAGAUCAUAUGAUGUUGCAGCGUGCAGCAACUCAAUGUAUUUGCAAUAUGCUGCAAUCGGAAGAAGUAAUUAAGACUUAUGAAGGGAACAAUGACAAGACGAAGUUCUUGUAUCUCGCUUGUCAAGAGGAAGAUAUAGACACAGUUAAAGCAGCAGCUGGUGCAUUAUGCAUCUUGACUUCUGUUAGUAAAGUCUGCUGCCGAAAAUUAUUAGAUGUUGGUCCUUGGGUAGACACUUUAAGAUGCCUGUUGGCUAAUCCAGAUAAGGAAAUACAAUACAGGGGUGCUUACAUGUUAUAUAAUAUUAUUAAAGAUGAUAAAGAUGUUACUGCAAAAAUUAUUGAAACUGAUGUUAUGGAAAUUUUGAUGGCCCUUACAAAACUUGAAGAACCCGAACAACAGAAAACUAAAGAACUUGCCCAGAAAUGUUUAGAUGCGGCUGAAGAGUUUGGAGUUAUAAGGAAACCAGAUGAGACACUAAUGGUAGACCCUUUCAAAGAAAAAGAAUUAGAUGAAGAUAAUGCAGAUGAUCAAUAAUUUGUAGUUUCAACUUUGAAGUUAUUUAUUAACCUUUCUCUAGUGAAUAACAGUUUUAUUUUUUAUCAGACAACCAAGUAUUGAAUUGUAUUAAGUAACUUAUAUAUUAUUAUUAUAUAAAUUAAAUAUUUUGUUUUAAUAAUAAAUGUAACAUAAUUAUUAUAUUAACGAGAAUCAUCCAGAGUACCCAGACCCAAGGUGGCCAAGACGAUAUCGGAAAUUUUAUUUCAUACCCUUGGCUAGGACCUCAAGUGAUUCUAUAUAGACUUUAAAAUUAAAAAGGUAUCGGUCCUCAUUCAUUAUUUAAAAAAAAAAGAUUGAUGUAUGAUACCGGAAGUUCAAGUUUCUAAGAAUUAGCAACCGAAUAAUUAGCUACUUACUAAUAAAAAUAGAUAACAAAAUUAAAAAUGUUCAUUAUUCUGAAAAACGAAAUUACAAGAUGAUGUAUACCAAUAUUUUACAACGUUUUCUGUAGAAAAUUUACAGAUCAUCUCACUACCUAUUUCAUUUGCAUUUUUCUCACUUGCUUAUUUGCUCUUACAGAAAAAUAAAGCUUCUCGUUAUGAUUAAUAUCGGAAUUCCGAUAUUGAUACCCAAUAUCAAAAACUAGUAUAUCAUUCAAAAUCAUCCGAUAUUACGUGCUCAACAUAAAACCCCUCAAAAAUGAAAAAUUUAUAUUUUAGAAACAGAAACAACGAAAAUAAUCAAUUAAUCCCCAUUAAAAUUAUAUUAUUAGUAAUCUCAAUAUAAAUUAACAAGCUGUUGCUGUGUCCGCGACUUCGCUUGUGUAAAUUAUAGCCUAUGUCAUCCGCGUAUGAUGAAGUAUUCCACGAGUGAAAUAUUUUAAACAUCGGUUCAGUAGUUUCAAGAGUUCAUUUUUAUAAACAAACAAUCAAAUGUGUCCUCUUUAUCAUAUAUUAUUAUAGAUAGAUUUUAUCUUGUAAUGCCUGAAUAAAUACGAUGUUGUUUAUACUUAUAUCAAAC